AUGGCUCUUCCGCUCUCAAAAAUCUCCCUAUCCCCCUAUGCUUCUUACCAAAAUUCACCAAAACAUCCCCAUUCAAACACCAUUUUCCCAAUCAAAAUCCAACCCAAUUUCAAAAAGUCGAUAAAUCAUCCCAAACUUACAACAAGAGCAAGAAAAUCCAACUCCAGAUAUCACAUAAUCACCACCAAAGCAACCCAAGAAAGCACAGAAAGUAAUACUACUUCUGAAGCAGAAACGCAGAAUGAAGAAAGCGUCCCGGAAGGUGAAGUGAGUAAAAAGGUUGAUGAAGCAUCCCAAUUGGGUGCUGAGAUUAAGGGGGCCAUGAAAGAAAGGGCUGAGAAAGAGCAAGAUUUGUCAUUGAAUGGUGUGGCGGAGGAAAUUCGAGAAAUUGAGUGGCCUGCUUUCGAUAAGGUUCUGGGCACAACUUGGGUUGUUUUGGGAAUCAUUGCUGGGUCCAGCGUCGUUUUGCUCACUGUUAAUGCCGUUUUAGCUGAGCUUUCCGACCGUGUUUUUGCUGGAAGGGGCGUCCAAGAUUUCUUCAGCUGA